UUUAGGAAGUCGUGACACGACCAGUUGGAAGUUGGAUUUAUAUCAUGAAUGUGAAACACUCUUGAGUGUGUUAUCGUGUGGCGGGAAAUAGAAGGUUAACAUGCGUUUCCAAAUUAUAUUAGUCGCGGUGUUUUGUUGUGGUUUCGUGGACCUACGGAAAAUAAGAGGAAUAUCCUCGUCAUAUAAGCGGUUCUACAAGGAGAGGAAGUCCUUCCUGUGCAUUGAUGGGUCUAAAAUGAUCCUGUUUGAGCGAGUGAAUGAUGACUACUGUGACUGUGAAGAUGGCUCAGAUGAACCAGGCACCUCAGCCUGUCCUCGCGGCCGAUUCUACUGCACCAAUCUGGGUUUUCGCCCACACUACAUUCCGUCAUCACGAGUCAAUGAUGGCAUCUGUGAUUGCUGCGAUGCUUCAGAUGAAUACAACAGCCAUGUUCACUGCCAGAACACUUGCUGGAAUCUGGGACAGAGAGAGAGAGCAUACGUGGAGGGCCAGAUGAGGACCUUAGACGAAGGUUUGCGACUCAAGCAGCAGCUGAUUGAGGAGGGAGUGCUGCUCUGGAGGGAGAAACAGGCCCAGCUCCGAGAUCUUCAGCAGGUAGCUGAGGACUUGCAGAUCAAACUAGAGGAGCACAGGAGGAAGAAACAUGAGGCUGACCAACUCAAGGAGCAAACAUUAAAGGCAAUGCAAGGAGGGCACAGUGGUCUCAGACGUCACAAUGACACCGUAUCCAGCGUUUUCAAGUUACUGGACUGUAACAAAGAUGGCAGUAUUACGGUGGAUGAAGUCCAGGCUAAAGUGACACUUGUCCAUGAUGCGGAGCGGGUUUUGUCUGAGGAUGAAGCAGUGGCUUUGUUAGCAGGAGGCCAUCAGAUGGAUCUAACCAAGUUUCGACACACACUGUGGGAAAUCCUGACAAGAGGAGACAGUGUAAAGAUCAAAGACACACAUGGUGCACCAGGCAGUCUUUUAGCUGAAGAUCCUCAUUUAAUGGCAGCUGACAGAGAUGCAGAGUGGGAGACUACCAAUCUGAAGAAAGUAGAAGAAGCUUAUCAGACGGUCAAUAUGGAGAUAAGCGAUCUCCAGAAGAAGCUGGCCAUUGACUACGGAACAGAUUGGGAGUUUCUGUUUUUGAGCAGCCAGUGUUACAAGCUGAAAGUAUAUGAGUAUACUUACACGCUGUGCCCGUUCAAUCACGUCACUCAGAGGAACACUGCAGGAACAGAGGUCUCAUUAGGGAAGUGGGGGAUGUGGGCAGGAACACCAGAGAACCAGUACAGUCAGAUGGUGUAUGAGAAUGGAGAGCCCUGCUGGCAAGGAGGUUCACGCAGUACUACUGUCACACUGACAUGUGGAACGGAGACAAGCUUGCUAUCGGUGAAGGAGCCCAGCAAAUGCCAGUACAUCACAGACUUUCAGACUCCUGUGGCCUGUCAGCCAGUGCUAAAGCAGCGGGGUGUACACAGUGAACUGUGACCCCUUCCUUUACUGGCCUAGCCUAGAUUGGCUUGGCCCCGCCACACACACUUCUGGGUUAGGCUGUGGUGACAGGCUGGGGUCCUGAGGGUCCCCUGUGACAUCUGUGUUGCCAGAAAGUCUUGCUAAGGGCAGAAUCUGAUCUUCAGUCUGUUCCUAGACCACUGUAGAUCUCACUGAUUGUUACAGUGCUGCUUUAUUUGUUAUAUAAUUAUCUGAAAAGAAGUGAAUUAAGUGUACACAAGUAUUCUUCACUCUGCAGUAUGUUCUUAUAUGGGCUUACACUUAAGGUCCACUUACAUUACUGUAAAUAUUUGAAUAAUGUGCAGCCACAAUGUGUAAUGGCAUUGCCACUAAGCAAUAUAAUAUGACUGCUUAGUCAUAAGUGGCUACAUUAUUGUAGCCUUAAGUCUUAUAGGAUCAGUCUGGUGAAGUGUUUCCUGUUUAACCAAAGCUGCACGUAGCUUAACAUACAACUCCAUUACUGUCCCAAAACUAUUAAAAUCAAUUUCACAGACAUUGCCUCAGUUACAUGACAAACAUGGGCACUGUAGUUUACUUUGAGAUGAUCCCAUGUCUUGCUGCUGUGCAUACUGGCUAGCUUAUGAAAUGCACAGCUGGAAACGGUCACAUACAGAUGCAAUAUGUUUGCUAAAUACUACAGAACCCAGCUACUUUAGGGAUUUUUUUUUUGCCUCUU